CAAGGCUUGGGAAAAGUUACUAAGUACACAAAAAUUUCUAACCUUUUAUUUUAAAAAAUAUACUGAGAAAAAGAGAGAGAGAUAAACAGCUGGUUUUUCAUGCCAAGUGAUACAUUCCCAGGCUGCUUCAGAUACAUUGAAAAUUUACCAUUUCCUUAUAAACAAGUGGGGUACUCUUUAGUUUUCUCUGUAAUGACAGCCUAAUCAACAGCCUGGAAAAGUUGUGUUAUAUGCACUGCAGAAGCAGCUUGCACCUUUCUUUUCUUUUUUCUUUUUUUGUUUUUAAAGGUUUCUUUUUUUUUCUUUUUUAUUUUUUUUCUUGGUGAUAUUCUUAAUAGCUCAACUUGGGAGUUUUUGUCUUUGAGAAAAAAAAACCCCAUUGUUGUUUCCCAUUUUGGCUUCAUUUGUGAGGUAAGGGCAUUGAUAAAGUUUUGAUCUUUGUACUAAAGUUUAUUUCAUUUUUGCUUUAUGUUGUAAUGUUUAUUAGCAUUGGGGUUAAUUAGAUCCCAGUUUUGCAAAAGAUAUGAACUUUGAGGGGGUUGAAUUAUUGCGACUUUAAGGAGUUCUUUUUUUUGUGGGAUUUUUGGGGUUUCUUUAGAUCUUAGUUUUACUUGGUUUGUUGAUUUAGGCAUUUGAAUUUAUUGAAAAAAAGUUGAAGAUGAAAAUGGGGAAUUUGGUGGCUUUGGUUUUAGCUGUUGUGUUGUUUGAGUAUUUGGGGGGUGGAAUACAAGCCUCAUUCACACCUGUUGAUAAUUACUUGAUUGUUUGUGGUUCUUCAAAAAAUGUUACAUUCCAAGGUAGAACUUAUGUUCCUGAUUCAGGCCAUUCUUCUCUUACCUUGAAGAGUGCAAGUUCUGUUGUUAGUUCUAAUUCUAGUGUUCCAUCUUCGAUAUAUCGAUCCGCUCGAAUCUUCUCCGCCGUUGCUUCUUACAAGUUUGAUAUCAAGCAAGAAGGUCGGCAUUGGGUCCGGCUUUACUUUUAUCCUCUUCCAAAAUCAGGCCAGGACUUGACGUCAGCUCCGAUAACGGUUGCCACAGACGAUUUUGUGCUCUUGGGCAACUUCACUUUUGAGAACUAUAAUGGUUCUUUUUUGUUCAAGGAGUAUGCAAUCAAUGUCACUUCAGAUACCCUGACUCUUACCUUUGUUCCUUCGAACAAUUCGGUUUCGUUUGUUAAUGCCAUUGAAGUUGUUUCCAUCCCGGAUGCAAUCCUGCCUGACCAGGCAUUAGCUCUGAACCCGUCUGCUCCUAUUAGUGGUCUUUCGGAAUUUGCCAUGGAAACCGUUUAUCGGUUAAACAUGGGAGGGCCAUUGAUCACUGCUGAGAACGAUACACUGGGAAGAACAUGGGAGAAUGAUGUUAAAUAUCUCCAUGUAAACAGCUCUGCUCUGAAUGUUUCGGUCAAUCCGGCUUCUAUCAAAUAUACAACUUUGGUUACGCCUGAAACAGCGCCAAAUUUGGUCUAUAGCACUGCUGAAGUCAUGGGUGAUGCAAAUGUUCCUAGCAUGGCCUUCAACGUGACUUGGGUCUUACCUGUUGAUCCAAACUUCAGGUAUUUAGUUCGGGCACAUUUUUGUGAUGUCAUGAGUUCAUCUCUCAACACUUUGGUUUUCAACGUUUACAUAAAUGAUGAUAUUGCUGUUACAAGUCUUGAUCUCUCAUCAUUGACUGGUGACCUGAAGGUGCCUUACUUUAAGGACUUUAUCUCCAAUUCUUCAGUAGAAUCCGAUACUUUGACUGUCAGUAUCGGUCCAGAUUCAAUGGCAGACAUCACAAAUGGAACUAUGAAUGGAUUGGAGAUUAUGAAAAUCAGCAAUGAUGCUGGAAGCCUGGGUGGGGUUUCUUCUGUUAAGAAUCUCCUUCUGGGAUCAUCCUCGAAGAAGAACAAGAUAUGGAUAAUAAUCGGUUGUAUUGUUGGAGCUGUAGGUGCAGUGGCAUUAAUCGGAUUCUGUUAUUGUUGCCUGGUAGCACGGAAGUCGAAAGAUACUCAACAAGGACAUCCAUGGUUACCUUUGCCCUUGUAUGGAAACUCGCUGACCAUGACCAAAAUGUCCACAACAUCGCAGAAGAGUGGAACAGCAAGCUGCAUUUCAUUGGCUUCCUCCAAUCUUGGCCGCUUCUUCUCCUUCCAAGAAAUCCUUGAUGCUACCAACAAAUUUGAUGAGAGCCUACUUCUCGGAGUUGGUGGUUUCGGAAGAGUCUACACCGGAACCCUUGAAGAUGGGACUAAAGUUGCUGUUAAAAGAGGUAACCCCAGAUCCGAACAAGGUCUUGCUGAAUUUCGCACCGAAAUUGAAAUGCUAUCUAAACUUCGUCAUCGCCACCUUGUCUCUCUUAUUGGAUAUUGUGAUGAAAGAUCGGAAAUGAUUCUUGUUUACGAGUAUAUGGCUAAUGGACCCCUUAGAAGUCAUCUUUAUGGAACAAAUCUACCUCCUCUGUCAUGGAAGCAACGACUUGAAAUAUGUAUUGGUGCUGCUAGGGGACUUCAUUAUCUUCACACUGGUGCAGCCCAAAGCAUUAUUCACCGUGAUGUGAAGACAACAAAUAUUCUCUUGGAUGAGAAUUUUGUAGCCAAAGUAGCAGAUUUUGGUCUUUCAAAAACUGGUCCAGCUUUAGAUCAGACACAUGUGAGUACUGCUGUUAAGGGUAGCUUCGGUUACCUUGACCCUGAAUAUUUCCGGAGGCAGCAACUUACGGAGAAGUCUGAUGUGUAUUCAUUUGGGGUUGUUCUGAUGGAAGUUCUCUGCACUAGGCCAGCUUUAAAUCCAGUUCUCCCGAGAGAACAAGUUAAUAUUGCGGAAUGGGCAAUGACUUGGCAGAAGAAAGGUAUGUUGGAUCAAAUCAUGGACUCUAAUCUGGUGGGGAAAGUGAAUCCCGCUUCUCUUAAGAAAUACGGAGAGACAGCUGAAAAGUGCCUGGCCGAGCACGGCGUUGACAGGCCAUCCAUGGGAGAUGUAUUAUGGAACCUUGAAUAUGCUCUUCAGCUGGAAGAGACUUCAUCAGCACUAAUGGAACCAGAUGAUAACAGUACCAACCAUAUCCCAGCCAUUCAGACACCACUUGAGCCAUUCGAUAACAGUGUGAGCAUGAUUGACGGUAAUUCUGGCACUGAUGAUGAUGCUGAAGAUGCCGCUACUAGUGCAGUAUUUUCACAACUCGUAAAUCCUCGUGGAAGAUAGACGGUAAUUCCGGCAAUGGACAUCCUGCUUAAAAAUCUGGUUCUCCUUGCUGGCUUUGCUUGAGAGAAUACUUGGAAAAAUCCCAAGAUGUUUAAUGAAGGUUUUUUUUUCUUACAAUUAUUCUGUUAUUUCUCAUCAAAUUUUCAUCCAUAAUAUAUUUAGUUUGUAAUAUAGUUGAGUGAUGGUUACCAAUUAUAUCCAUCCGAAAUUUGCAUGUAAUGUACCAUAAAUAUCCAUUAUUGUUGAUUUAAUUCAUGUUACUAUUACACAGUUACCAGAUAAAGAAUAUAUCUCAUUUGUUCUCUGCUCA